AUACUCACACACACGGGCGUACAUGCGUGCGUGUUGGAAGAUAGUCACUAACUUUUAGUCGUUAUAGAAUCGGAACUGUCGGUCUGCUCGGGCCCAGCAUUAUCUUCACAUCGGAUCGGCCAGCACAACAACGCUUCAAUAUGCACGAGCGGAUUUUAUGUUUAACUAACAGCGAACGUUCUUUUUUUUAGAUUCGGUGCAUAACUUUUUUGUGGAUGAAACAAUCUCCAAAAUGGCCGCUCUGCUGCCAGUGAAAAACGAACCACUGGCUCAGAAAUGGCUGAAGUUUCCGCUCAAGAUUUGAUAUCCCAGUUGUCGAAGUCACCCGAAAGCCACAAGAGAAAGGAAUAUCUGCAUUGGGAUGACUACUUUAUGGCCACCUCACUGCUCUCCGCCAAACGCAGCAAAGAUCCCGUCACCCAAGUGGGCGCCUGCAUCGUGGAUUCCCAGAAUCGGAUAGUGGCCAUUGGAUACAAUGGGUUCCCUCGCAACUGCAGCGAUGACGUGUUUCCGUGGUCAAAAGCUAAGAAAGGCUCGCAGGAAUUUGAUCCCCUGGAAGACAAGAAGAUGUACGUGGUCCACGCGGAGGCCAAUGCAAUCCUGAACAGCAACGGCAUGAGUUUGUCUGGAACUCGACUGUAUACCACACUAUUUCCGUGCAACGAAUGUGCCAAACUCAUUAUACAGGUGGGCAUAUCUCAGGUGCUAUAUUUGUCCGACAAAUAUGCCGAUAAGCCCACAUAUCGUGCAUCCAAGCGGAUGCUGGAUGCAGUGGGCGUGGAAUAUAAGCGACACAUCCCCCAGAAAAAAACGAUCACCAUUGAUUUUGACACCUUCCCGGAAGAAGAUCCGAAUGCAUCCCUGGGACUAAACGAACUCCAUUUGUAAUGUACUAAUACAAUCUUAGCUAUCUUGACAACUUUUAAUGUGUUUAAAGUAAAUUUGACGUGAUCGGACUAAAUAUGUAGACAAAUGAUAAAUAAAUUUAAUAGCAUGCUAAUUAAGUUAUACUUAGUUUGGCAGUACUAAUAUAAAUAAAAAAAUACAGUUUAACUAAAAAGC